CAGCUUGUGGAGAAUAGAAAAACAAUGGCACUGCUGACGGCUCAAAAACUCCCGGUGAUGACCACCUUCACAUUCCCCUUCUCCUUGCACACUUACUCGCAACCAAACAGAAUUUUGCUCAAAUUUUUUGGCUUACCCGAGAGGAGACACCGUCUGAGGCUGGUGGGUUGUGCUCGUGCUUCUGUCUCAAGAACUGGGCAAGAUACCUUUGAUCCAGAACUUCGGUCAGUGCUCGAACUUGCCACAGACACCGAGUUAUUUGAGCUUGAAAAUAUCCUUUUUGGUCCAAGUUACUUUAGCCCUUUGCUCAAGUCCGUAACGAAGGGAACCAAUGUGGACUAUGCCAUAAUAGACACGGAUCUUCAAGAGAGAGAGAACUUCAUAGCAGCGCUAGAGUCACGAUUUUUGUUCCUUGCAGCUGAUGCUCGUUCGACUUUAAGGGGUUGGAGGCCAUCAUAUAGGAAUGUCUUGCUUGCAGUGAGAAAGGAGCUAAACAUUCCUUGCUCAAACAAAUUGUCAACUGAAGACCUUGAAGCGGAGAUUUUUCUUUACCUGUUACAGGAAUACUCAAGCGAAGAAUUUAAAGCUUCUUCAGGCCUAACAUCUAAUGCCGAAAGUGGUUUAGAACUUGGACUCAGUGGAUGGAAGGUGCAAGCUCAGUCUGCUGUCAAAGAGUUUCAAUCUGUGAUUUUGAAGGGCAGUAGUAUUGUUACUUUCGCAAAGAUUUUUCAAUUGUUGUCAAAGAGAUUAUCUGGAAAGGUAUUCCUAGAAGCUGCCAAUUAUCAGAUGAAAAAGGAAUUUAUUAAAAAGGGUGGACAGGUAGCUGCAAUUAAUUUAGAGUCUAGAGCAGCAUUGCUCGCUGCAAAACAGGGUCUUACAGGUGCUGCAUCAAGAUAUCUAGGUUUCAGAAGCAUGAUGACUCUGCUUGGCCCAAUGCUUUGGGGAACAUUUCUGGCCGAUGUUGUCAUCCAAAUGCUUGGAACUGAUUAUGCUCGAAUCUUGCGGGCAAUCUAUGCUUUUGCGCAGGGUUCUACUUGUAGCUAUUGAUGAUGAAGGAAAGAAAAGUCUUCAUUAAAUCCUGUAUUGCAAUAGAUCGGAGCCAAAAUUCUUUGUUUCUUUCGAAGUCGUCUUCUUUCACAGAAAAGCGCAACUGUUACAAAUAGUGGGAUUUUAGUUUUUAGUGGGUCGAAUCAUGCUGAUCAGUUAUUCUCGUCAUUCUUAAUACGGUAAUCUCCGAGUUCGCCUGCGAUUUUUUUCAACUAAUAUUUCAAUAUAGAAUAAUCUCCUUAUUUCUUCAUGGAUUGUCGCAUCAUUUUCUUGGAAAGUUGUUAGAACACCGUGGGAAACUUUCAAAUGCUUAGGGGUACA